GCAAGUCCAUCAUGGCGGGUCUGUUUCAUGCACGACUCGGGUUCCUCGUCGUCCUUUGUGGACUUUUUGAAGGUGUGAUUGCCGUGGACGAUUUUACUUGUGUAACUAAGCCAAUAGUUGGGCCUAGUGAGGAGACCUUCAUCGCUGGAUUCUUUGUCAACUUGGACGGAACUCUCUCCUUUGCCCGAACUCAACACACUAAAACUGUGGAUUCUGCGCUAACCCUACCAACCGACAGCAAUCUGGACCCAACUGCUCUGCGCGGUGAUGUUUCAGUCUCUGUUCUACGGAUGCCGGCAUCUGGCGGGAUCUCAAGGAUCGGUGUAUAUGGUUGUCAAGCAACAAUGGCUGGAGGUUCUUUGACUAGUAUUGGAACCGUUAUUAUGAACACUCAAGCCGACUUUGAGCCAACUGCUAUAAGCCAGACGGUAAACUUAGGGGAAGAGGUACGUUUAACAGUUACUGCUGCUGCUACGGGCCAGCAGUCAACUCGUUGGAGAAAAGAUAGCAGCAAUCCCAUCGCUUCGUCCAAUGGCAACCUUUAUUAUGAUAUCAUUGGAGCUAGUAACACACAUGCUGGAACAUACGAGGUUCAUAGACAUGGUGUUCGUGGUCAAGGCAAACAAGCGCUCAUGAGGUUACUUGUUAGAGGAUGCGGAAGGGACACGUGGGGUAGAGAUACUGAAUGCAAUAGAAACUGCCCCAUCUGUUUUAACGGCGGAGUUUGUGAUGACGUCAGUGGUGUGUGUAUUUGUGGCCCAGGUUUCAGCGGCACUUUCUGUGAGAUAUUGCUUGGUCCUAACCGCUUUGGCCAAAGUGGCAGCCUACGAUGUGAUUCUGAAGGAUUGCCUUCACGAGGUUCUACUUGUAGAGGAAUGUUGUUCUGUUUACCAGAUCCCUACGGCUGCAGCUGUGCUGCUGGGUACCAGGGACUUGACUGCCGCAAAGCUCCAUCAAGUGUUACUCUGUUUCGUGCUGUAGCACCAUCGACCUCCCCAACUCAAAUUCAUCUGGCCUGGAAGUUUGUCAGCAAUCUAUGUGCAGUGGAGCGUUACCAAAUUGAAUAUGAACUGACCAAUCAAGACCAGUGCAAGGAUAUCCCCUCGCUUCGAGUUGAAGUAACAUCAGAUUUAUACGCAGAGAGUGUGAUCAUAUCAAGUGGCCUACUACCAUUUUCUAGUUACACUGUGUACAUCAAGGCUUGGAAUGAGAUUGGUGCUGGACCAGAAACCUCUAUCUCAGUCACUACAGGGGAGACUGUUCCAGAAGUUGCUCCUGUUUUAAACCGCACUGAUCCUUCAAGUAAUAGCAUCCAGGUAUUAUGGGACCGUAUUCCCUGUGGAAACAGACGCGGUACAAUUACCUAUUACGAGUGCAAAGUUGAAGAAGAUGCAAGGAGAGUGAUCACUGAAUGGGUCACUGCGGGAGCUGCAGCAGUUGAGUCAGUUACGUUUAAUGAUCUUUCACCGUGCACGUCUUACACCGUGCAGGUCAGGGCUCAUACUCGAGAUGGAGGAGGACCGUGGAUGGAACCUGCUCUUCUUAAGACGUCUGCUCAAGAGCCAGUCAUUGCUGUCUAUCCAAAAGCAACUCCGUUACUCCCUACUAAAAUACUUGUCACUUGGAGCUGGCAAAAUCCCAAUAACAACGAUUGCAUGGCAGAUGAACUCCACAUAGAGUAUCAAUUGAAGAAUCAUGACCAAUGCAUUGGAAAAACACUUUCUCAAGACCGACAAAUGUUGCAGAGUGUCGACAUUUCGGCAACUCAGACAACCAUCUCUGGACUUGAACCAUACUCCACCUACCGCGUGCACAUCACGUCAGUAAGUGCCGGUGAAAGACAAGAGAGCUCAGUUGAAGUCACCACACUUGGAACGGAACCUAGUGGUCACCCAACGGUUGUUACGCCCAGUGAAGUCACUGACACAACGAUAUCUUUUUCUUGGAAUCUACCAGAGUGUGGCAAGGUUAACAGUGGUAACUCGGAUUCUAGCGAUGACAACUCGGGUUCCAGUGACGGUAACUCGGGUUCUAGCAGUGGUGCAGUCGUGGGGGUAAUGUUUACCCUUCUCGUCAUCGUCGUGGCCGCUGUGUUGGUCGUUAUUUUCAUAAUUGUUAUUAUGCUUUUGUCUAAAGUGGAUCUUCAAAAUGUCCAACCAACACUAUCGUCAACGAAGAUACAUUCCGCUGGCGGUUCAUUCGCCGAAACGUAUAAGCCAAGUGCAUCCCCAAGCGAUUCAACAAGCAAGCCAUCCAAAUCAACAGAAACAGGCUCUCCAACCAACCGUUCUACAGCUGACACAUCUACAUCCACCAAGGCUCCAAUCAAACCAAAGCCUUACAAUAAAUCGCAACACAAAGUGCAUGGUACUGCAAAGAGUGCAUCUGCCGCCUUUACUUGGCCCGUUGCAAUGGCGGAACUUGCGGGGUACAUAAAGAGCCGGAAGACGGGGAAAAUCAGCGGGUUCCAACAAGACUUCGAGACCUUUUCAACUGAGCCGACGAAACCACAGAUUGUCGCCAAAAAGGAGGAAAAUAAGAAGAAGAACAGAUAUCACAAUAUAUUGCCAUACGAUCACUCACGUGUUACUUUGGAAAUUCUUGAUGGCGACCCGAACUCAGACUACGUCAAUGCAAGCUAUAUUAACGGAUACAAGAAAGAGUCAAAGUACAUAGCCUGCCAGGGUCCCAAUCAGACUUCGUUGAACGACUUGUGGCGCAUGAUAUGGCAGGAGCGAGUAGGGAAGAUCGUCAUGCUAACUAACCUGGUAGAAAAAGGAAAGGAGAAGUGUGUGCAGUACUGGCCCAAGGAGUAUUCUCAAGAUUAUGGUGAUUUCCUCGUCAUCAAAUCCGAUGAGAAAGUCAGCCUGAAUUUCGUUUUGCGGAGCUUUGACGUAUCGAGGAUAAGUGAUCCUGAUGGUGAAUAUCGCAAGAUUGUUCAGUUUCACUACACUAAAUGGCCUGAUAUGAAGCCACCAGAGUCCUCGUCUCUAUUGCAGUUUAUCCGACAAGUCCAGAUAUCUGAAAGCUCGCAGGAUGGACCAAUCAUAGCACAUUGCAGUGCUGGAGUUGGUCGCACAGGAACCUACAUUGCCCUGGACGCCAUGUUGGAACAGGCCCGGGCUGAAGGACAGGUUGAUGUACUCAACUUUGUUCGCGAGAUGAGAGACAAGCGCUACUUGAUGGUGCAGACACAGGCUCAGUUCAAGUUCAUCUAUGAGGCUUUGCUCGAGUCUAGCCUGUCCGAGAAUACCGCAAUCUCCGUGGAUCGAUUCCGGCAGGAUUAUGCCAAGCUGAAAAAGCGUGAUAAGAAAACUGGAACAAAUGGCAUGGAAGACCAAUUCCAGAUGUUAGAAACCUUCACAGCAUCAAUGGGUGAUGAUCAGUGCGCUGGGGCGAAGCACCCUGCUAACGUGGACAAAAACAGAUUUCAGAAAUGCGUUCCAAAGGACAGUACAAGACCUUAUCUGAUGACAGAGGGUGACACAGGCAGUACAAACUACAUCAAUGCAACGUUCUUAGAUGGGUCGAAAGGCAAGCACUCUUACAUAGCCACCCAGGCGCCUCUCCCCUGUACGUUGGAUGACAUCUGGCGACUGGUGUUUGACUACAAAUCAUCUUGCAUUAUCAUGCUCAACUCCGUGGAAUCGAAUGUCCCCCAGUAUUGGCCAGAGGAGGAUGCUGAAAUCCAGGUGGGGCCUUUGACAGUCAAAUUGAAGAGUGUGGAUCAACAAACUGACGAUAUGAUCGUGCGACAGUUUACCAUCUUCAAGAAGAGUGAAGAUAUGCAGACUGUAUGCCACAUCCAGUUCCUGCAGUGGCCAUCAGGGAAGGAUAUCCCAAGUUCACCACCCAGUCUCCUCAAGGUGCUGGCUACUGUCAAGAUGUGGACGCAAGAGCACCCCGAUGGACCACUCACUGUGCAAUGCAUUGACGGGGAAGGUUGCAGUGGAACAUUCUGCACCCUGGUCACCCUCUUAGAUCGACUAGAGCAGGAUGGGGUCAUUGACGUCUUCCAGGCAGUUAAGAAACUCCGGUCAACUCGAGCUGGAAUGGUCAAAACAUUGGCGCAGUACCAACUAUGUUACCAGCUCAUCAAGUUACAUCUCGACUCAGCAUCAUCUUCUUCCAUCUACGAAAACCUGGGCCUACAUCGUUAAAGCCAUUGGACCCUUUCGGUUCAGAAAAAAAAAAUGUUCACAGGUUUACAAAUAACUUA